AUGGUAAAGAAGCAGCAACCGCCGCAGAGUGCGGUCUCUUUCGACGCGAUCAUCCAAUCCGAUCGCCGAAAGAAGCAACAUGAACAGCUCGCCAGCCAGCUCCUCGGCAAGAACAGAAAUGAGAAGGGCCGCCGAGCAAGCGCGCCAGGCCCGGGCGCGAUCAGCAAGGUGCCAAACUCGAAGCCGGGAAGCUUGGCCAGUCGCAUCGCAGUUCCAAAGCGAUCCGUAUCGGUCUCUGGCAGACCCAGCCAGACCAACAAGGUUACGAAGGCCACCAAAGCCAAACCUGCCCCUGCCACAGCCCAACCCACGCGAAAAUCCACGAAACCCACACCCCAGCGUCGCCCCAACACGGACCGACUUCAGGCUGCUCUCGAGUCGGGCAAUAAACAAGCCACGGUUCGGCCAGCUGCCCCGGGGAUGACUAUCAAAGGUGCUUCCGGGCCCUUCGUGGUAAUCGGGGGAAACUUUGCCCCUGGAACGACUGCUGCCGAUAUCCAGUCUGCAGUUGAGCCCAUCUCCGGCCCAAUGCUCUCCUGCCUCGUCACCUCACACCACCCGACUGUCACCGCAGAAUUCGCAUUCUCGGAGAGAUGGUGCGCGGAGAACGCGGUUGCCAACUUCCAUAACCAAAGGGCCGAUGGAAGACUCUUGUCACUCAAACUACAGCCAGCCGGAACCCAAAUAAGCACCCCAAGCACUUCUUUCAACGAUCUUCGAGAGCAGGCAGAUCGCGAACGACGGAAUCGACGCGCAGAACCAGUCCUUCAAGAUGGUCGCUACGGAUUCGAUGAAAAGGGUGGCAAUCUCAACUCAGAGACGGGACUGUACAGUGAUGAGAUGAUGGUGGAUGCCCCGCAGCAAAAGAGCCAGAACCGGCGCAGACAGCGACGGUGA